AAUCAAACUGAAUUCAAAACUAUACUAAUUACAUUGAAUUAAAACAAAUGGUAGCGAAUAUGAAUGAUAUGUAGCAAUGAAAGCAAAUGAGAGGGGGGACAUAACAUAUACAUAUAAGCCAUCUGGCUCCCUGCAAACAAUUACCCUCAUCAAUACACCAAAAUGGCCCUUUUGGCACUGCUAUUUCGCUUUGAAAGCCUUAGCUGGAGGUUUAUUGCAGCCUCAGAGGUGACCUUCUGUUUGAAGUAUCAGUUGGAAAGAGGCCAUAAACAAAAGCCUACCUCAUUAAAUGCGCUUCGAAAGGAAGGGCUAUUGAUUUGGCCUCGAGUCUUUGACUUUCCCGCGGCCACUUGUACUUGGUCUUCACUUUAAGUUAAUCGUGUUGCUUCUCACAGUUUUGCACUAUCCAUCAAAAUCCCUUGUUAAGUGAGUGCAGACCUGUCCGAUACAUGGGAAAUACCAAAGUUAGUAAAGAUUGUGGUCGAGAUGGUGGUACAGAACAGAGGAAGGAAA